AUGCCUUACAACACUACCGCCAUUCCUCGCCGGAGCGAAAAGGAACCCACAGGAACCACACAACUUCCUUUAUCAAGAGUCAAGAAGAUGAUGCAAGUCGACCAAGACAUCAACGCGUCUUCAUCAGCCGCGUCCUUCGUUAUCACCCUUGCGACGGAGAUGUUCGUCCAGUACCUAGCAGAACAAGCCCACAACGUCGUCAGAUCCGAGCGAAAACCCCGCCGCAACAUCCAAUACCGAGAUCUCGCACAUGCCGUAGCACGCAACGACAAUCUCGAGUUCCUCUCAGAUGUAGUCCCACAAACCGUGCCGUACAAAGCCGUCAAAGAAAAGCAGGUCGCUAAAGGAGCAGCCCUCAACGGCGAGAGCUCCAUCGAAGCCGGUCAAACGACUCUCGAUGGCAAGAAGCCGACAUUGAAUGGGACGAAUGGCAUCUCUGGUUCUGUAGGGGAUGAUGACGAUGAUCCAAAUGCGCAGUUGGAGAUGGAGAGUCGGGGUGCGGGUAACAGGACGAGUGCUGGGUCUGCGGGGGCUUUUAGUGGAAAGGAAACGUCGCAGGAUGUGGAGAUGGAUUGA